AUGUCUUCCAAAGAAAUAGUUAAAGUUAUUUUGGAUGAUAUAAUAACUUUAUCCGUAGCUUUAUUCUUAGAUAUAGAUUUCACACAAAAAUUUCACAAAACUGAUAAAAAAUGUUUAUAUUCAAAUGAUUUAAUGGAAUUAAAUGUAAGAGAAAAAACAACUUCCGGUAAUUAUAAAAAUCCGUUAGAAAAAGAGGAAGAAGAAGAAGAAGAAUCCACGAGUUCUACGUCACAAAAAGAAAAUUUAAUGAAUUACGUUUUCGAUGAUAAUAAUUUAUCAUAUAACGAAGGUAUUAAAAAUAUAAACGAUUGUAAAAUAAUAACAGAAGAAAUAUUAGCCAAUAGCGAAUUGCUUAUUGAAAACGGUCAAAUAAGAAUAGAUAAAAACAAUAUGGCGGAUGCGACAGAAGUCAAAGAUGAUUAUAAUAUACAAAUUCAAAGGUUAGAAUAUUUAAAUAAAAAAGAUGUUAUUAAAGAUGAAAAAAUUGAAAUAGAAUAUUUAAACGAAGGAAAAAUAAAUAAAAUUUACGUACCCAUUAUCAGUAAUAAUACUAAUAAUAAUAAUAAUAAUUAUAAUUUUGAUGUCGAUGAUAAAAACGAUGCGGAAAAUUCCAGUGAAAAUAUAUGCAAUAUUGAAAACGUUGAUAAUAGUAAUUCACCAGAUGAUUCUACUAACGGUUCAAAACAGAUUUGGGAUAAUAAUAACAGUUCAGUUGUUGUGGGAUGGAACGUUUCAACCCAGCCCAAUGACGUUUUUCAAAAAAGAAAUAAUUUUUCUGUUAGUGAAAUGUAUUCUGAUAUUCAUACAGGUUUUAAAAGAGCGCAAAUGUCUACAAUUUGUGAAAAAAAUGCAAACGAAAUCAGGAGUGAAUUAGAAGAAAUACAUUUUAAUCAAACAUAUUUAGUUUAUGACGAAUUCCCUUAUCACUCUGAUGGAAAAGGUGAUGCUGAUUUAGAAUCUAAAUCAGUGAACGUGGAAAAUCAAAAAAAUUUUGUCAACGAAUCAAAAACAAAUUUGAUUAAAAGUAAAGAAAAUUUAAAAAUGGAUGAAUUGAAUGUUGAUUCUAUAACGGAAUUUGUACCGAAAAAUCAUCAGAUAUCCGAACCGGAAGGAAACGAACAAAGGAAUUUAAAUACAAAUGAAAUUAAAUUUUUAACGGAAAAUUCAAUGGAAACCGACACGAGCCCAUAUUCGUUAAAUGAAACGGAAAAUUUAAACGAACAAAAAAAUAAUAAUAAUAAUUAUAAUUUAUCCGACGACUCGAAAAUUUUAUUUCCUAAUUUAAACUCUUAUACAGAAAACGAAAAAUAUAUUAAUAAUAAAUCAUUUGAAGAAUCGACAAAAAAUUUAAAUCAGACAAAGGAUGAAGUUUCAGACAGUUGUCAUUGUUUUAUUUCGAAAUCAGAUUUGAAUGAAAAAAAAAACACCAACAGUGAAUUUUCCACACGAGAUAAUGAUAAUAUUGAAUCUAAUUACGUACCUGAUACUAAACCGUAUGAAGAAAAAAAUUUGUCAGAGAAAACUUUUAUUGUACCCUUUCAAAACUCUUUGUUAUCCAGUAAAUGUGAAAUAUCUGAAAUAAAAGAUAAUAAUAAUGAUAAUGUUAUAUUAUCAAUCAACACAGAAUCUAAUCAGAGUUUAGAAAAAAUUAAUAAUAAUAAUAAUAAUAAUAAUAAUAGCAGUAGAGAAAACGUACCGUCGUCGAACAAAAAAGAAGAACAAGAAGAGGAUGAUGUUGAUGAUGGCGCGGAAAAACAUUUUAAAAACAAAGGAAAUAAUAUUGAAAUUUCAUCGGAUACGGGUUGGACGACCGAUGACGUGUUAAAUGAAAAAAAAUCUUCGACUUUGAUCAGAAGACAACAAUCCGAUACACCUUCGAAUAAAUCCGAUGUUGCCCCGAUUUGCACAAAAGAAAAUAAUAAUACAAUUCAAUCAAAUUCCGAAGAUGCUUUUAUCGAUUUGGUGGAAAAUGUUAUUCAAAUAGUAGAUCCAUCAGAUAACAGUAACGAAGAUGAUGAUGAUGAUGAUGAUGGUGAAGAAGAUGAAGAAGGAGAAGAAAGAAAUCAUGAAUCAUCGAGUAAAGUAUCAAUAUCACUAUACAACGAAAAUCAAUAUGUAAAAAAAUAUUCAUCAGAAUGUUUAAUAUCAUCGAAUGAAAUGAAAUAUUUAAAUUCCGGUGAAUUUGCUGAUAUGAGUGAUAACAUGGCCGAAACAUCCUUUCGUAAUGAUAACACAAUGGAGGACGAGGAUACGGGAAUUAAAAGAAGUACAUUUUCUGGAAUGACAACGAUCGGACCAAUAAAAAAUUACGAUAGAGAUCCAAAAGAUUUAACAUGUCCGGAUAUUGAUUUUGGUAAAAUGACUAGAAUCGCAUCUUUUAAAAACGUUGAAAAAAAUUUACAUAAAAUAAGAAAGAAAUCAAAUUCGUCAUUUGCAAAUAAUACGAUGACGAUGACGAUGGCAACGACGACGUCGACGACGACGACAACAACAACAGGAAAAGAAAAAUGUUGCGAAUGUAAAUCCCUUAUUAAUAGAGACAUAACAAGUUUAAAUAAAUUACAAAAAAUAAGCGAAGUCAUGUCAUAUCAACCAAAAUCCGAAGAAAUAUUUGAUAGAGAUCAAGAUGUUUCUCAUUCACGUUUAGAUUUAAAAAAUGUCGAAUCCGAUGAAUCAAUGUCGUACGAGAAAUGUAAGAUUUCAGAUGUUAAUAUACCUUCUUUACUCUCAUACGAACCUGAGGAUAACAAUGCGAUGGAUAUUAAUAAAAGAGUUAUUGAAUGCGAUCAUCAUUUAAUAUUUAAAGAUAAUUAUUCUUCUUCCAAUGAUCCCAUACCUGAAGAACAAAAUUUUACAAACAAUAACGACAUAACCGAACCGAUGACUUCCCAGAGCAGCAUAAAAUCAAUAAUAAACGAUUAUCAAUCAUCGGCAAGUAAUUUUUUAAAAAGGAGCCGCUCAUACCUGAAAAAUACUCAACAACAAGUUUUUCAAACUUUAACAUUAAAUCGUUUCGGAUCGAUGACUAUGACCGGUGGAAAUUUAAGGGAAAAAAAAAAUUUUUCACCUUCCGAACCUGAUGUUAGAAAAACUGGGAAAAAAAUUUCCAUAUUGAAAAAGGAAAGUUUUAUAAGAGCUAAAAAUGUUAUACAGAACACGUUUGGAAAAGCUGCCGGAAAAACGGCGUCACUCAAAAAUUUAUCAGUUGGUAAUAGGGAAACUGAUGAAAAAAAAUUAGAAAAUAAUUUUGUACAAUCGUCGUAUGUACAAACGGAUGAACAAACGGAAACGAAAUUGGAAAAUUUACACAUUUCCCUUAAUUACAAAUACAAUAAUACAGAAGAACGUUCGGAUUUUAUUUUAAUGGAAACCGUUCAAGGAAUAUCAGAAUCGGAAAUAAAUAAUCUCGGUCCCUCGUGUAAAUUUGAAAAUACUCAAGGUAUAAAUGUUUACGAAGAUAAAGUAAAAAAAAAAGUAGUACCGAUUGACGAUUCGGAAAAUAUCCGGGAUAAUAAUUUAAUAGAAUCGAUAAUGGAAGAAAAUCAAAUACAAACGGAUACAACCGGAAGUGCGGAAAAAAAUAAAAAUAAAAAAUUUACGUCGAAAAUAAAAAAUUUUUGGCGUUCGACGUUUGGAAAAGUGAAAAAUAUAUCUAAUAAAAAGAAACAAUGA